AUGAAGGUGCACGCUGCCGUAGCGGCAGCACUGGUGCUGCUUCUUGUGGCGACCGGCGCGUACGGAGCUGGCAUGCUGCAGGUGCAGGACAACCCAGCGCGCAGCGUAAAGGACUUGAGCGGCAUCUGGCGCUUCAAGGAAGACAAACACAAUGUGGGCGUGGCGGAGCGGUGGUGGUUGAGGCCACUGGCGGCUCCCCUGUUGCACAUGCCCGUCCCCGCCUCCUACAACGACAUCACCCAAGACAACGAGCUGCGCAGGCACAUCGGGUGGGUUUGGUACGAGCGCGAUUUCUUCGUGCCUCACACCUGGGUCAGCACUGGCCAGCGCAUCGUGCUGCGCUUCGAGAGCGUGAGCUACGCGGCGUCCGUGUGGGUCGACGGCACUGCUGUCGUCAGCCACGCCGGCGGCCAUCUGCCGUUUGAGGCGGACAUUACCCAGCUCGUGAAGGGAACCGCGCGCAGCCGCCUGACCGUGGCGGUGAACAACACCCUCACGCCCUUCACCCUUCCUCCCGGCAACGUGCGGGUCGAGCACGGUCCGCGCUACCCCAAGGGAUACACCGUGCAGGAAACCCACUUCGACUUCUUCAACUACGCCGGCAUCGAUCGCGAGGUGUAUCUGUACACCACGCCCAGCCAGUGGAUCGACGACAUCACCCUCACCUACGACAUUCAGCCGAACGGCGACGCGAGCGUCAACUACGAGAUCGCUGUGGCCAAGACCUCGCCAACUCAGGGCGAAGAGGGCAACCUGAUCCCCGAGUCUCGUCCUGCGACCCCAGCAGCGACGCAGGUGAGGCUGAUCAACGGCAACGGUGUCGUUGUGGCGCAGAGCGCUCAGCUCAACGGGAGCCUCGUCGUGGAAAGGGACGCUCUCACCCUGUGGCAGCCCGGCAAGCCGUACCUCUACACCCUGGAGGUCACCGCCGAUGAUGAUGUCUACCACCCGGUUCCUCCGUACUACGCGUGGUACUCGGACUCGGGGCAGCUGGAGGUGAUCCCCUACCAGCUUGACACCGAUCUUCAGGGCUUCUGGGCCAAGUACCAAAAGCCGAUCAUCGUCAGCGAGUACGGAGCUGACACCGUGCCUGGCCUGCACCACGACCCCGCCUUCAUGUUCACGGAGGACUUCCAGGUGGAGUUCCUCAAGCAGUACCAUCAGGUGUUUGACCGGUACAUCGGCAAGUUCCUCAUCGGCGAGCUCGUGUGGAACUUUGCCGAUUUCCGGACCGGCCAGUCACCAACCCGAGUGGGAGCCACCAACCUGAAGGGAGUGCUCACCAGACAGAGAGAGCCCAAGGCCGCUGCCUACACGCUCAAGGAGCGCUACUCGCACCUGAAGAAGUCCCUGCCCGCCCUUGGCCAUUCCUCCCCGCUCCACAACACCAAACCCGAUAUCCUCCUCGCCUAA